AUGGAAAAUUCAACAGAUAUACAAGUUUGUGUUCCAAAGUCGUAUUUUAUCGAACCACCGUUGAGCGAAAUCAGUUUUGGUUGCGGUGCUAGUUAUAAGGGCGUUCUAAAAGCGGAGGGUUAUCUAAGUUUUGUGCUUGGAAUCAUUUCAAUUGUUGUACUUACGGCAGUGAUUGUCACUUAUAGCAUAUUUGCUAAGCUGCGUAACUUGCCUGGUUUGAAUAUGAUGUGUCUGACAUUGUCGUUAUGCUUCGGUGAAUUAAUUUUUAUAAUUUCGGGUUCAAUUGACAACAGUAGCGACAUCAUUUGUCCGAUAGUUGGGGUGUUCCUUCAUUUUAUCUUUCUUGCUUCCUUUUUCUGGAUGAACGUAAUGUCAUACGAUGUGUUUAAAACAUUUGCGAACAAGUGUAUUCUCACUCGAGUUCGCCGAACCAAGAAGCAUUUCCCAAUGUAUUCUCUAUAUGCAUGGGGAUCUCCAGCAUUGAUUGUUGGGAUAUGCAGUAUUAUUGAUUUUACAAAGUGUAUUCCAAAAUUUAGAAUUGGCUAUGGUGGAUCAUCUGGAUCCUCUUAUGAAUACUAUACAGAUGAUAGUUUUUCCAACCAAACAGACAAUCCAACAAUAAUUAAACUUUAUCGACAGAAGUUUGGCUGUUGGAUUCAGGAGCCUGUCGCCGCACUUGUUGCUUUUGGAUUGCCUAUGAUAGUGAUACUACUUGCAAAUGCAAUAAUGUUCAUUCGAACCAUAAUUUGUAUACGGUCCGUAACAAAAAUGGUUUCUCUUAGAACCAGACGUUCUUCUGUCAGUAACGCAAUCGGACAACAUGACGUUAUAUUGUAUGUGCGCAUGUCUACCGUAAUGGGGUUUACCUGGAUUUUUGGACUUGCAUCUUCAAUUAUAAGUUCCUUUUCCGAAAAGCCAACAAACACAGUUUGUAUUGUGCUUCAUGUAGUUGGAGUAUUUUUUAUAAUUUUUAACUGUUCGCAAGGUCUUUUUAUCUUUUUUGUGUUUGUAUUCAAUAGGAGAGUCGGUGCAUUGUACAAGGAACUUUUCGGACAAUGUAGAGGUCAUUUAAGCAGGCAGUCAUCAGCUUCUUCAUCUUGGCAUAGUGUUGGGACGAUUCAAACAAUAGAUGAAAAUACAAACUUUUGAAAGUAGAGCAUGUAUCAAAUUGUGAUAUGUCAUCCACAUUUAUGUAGCAGACCCAAUGCGAAUAUGGUAUCCGUUAGACUUCGCUUGUAAGGAAUGACUUAAUUGCAUAGAAUACCUUGUGAUGCAAAACUUCAGUUUAAAGUAUAAUAUUUGCUGUAAAGGGAAAACAAAACAAUAUAGGUUAAUAGGUGUUUUUAAUUGAAGUGCAAAGAAAAAUUUGACUUUGAGUUAGAAAUAACGAAUACUAUUAAAUUAAUUUACUUUAUGGAUAUAUGUAAUGUUGUUCAAGCGUCGAAAUUACAGGUAAAUAUCUAUGAAAAUAUAUUUUUCGCAUAUCUUUAUGUUUUAAAGCUUUGAUUGUUGUAAUUUGCAUUGUCUUCAAACAUUGGUCAUUUGAAUUUUUAUUCUGGCUCGUAAUCGUUUAGUUGUACUGUGAGAGCAGGAGAUCAAAAUGUAAUCAGAUUAAUGGAUAGACACGGAAAUAAGAUAUUGCCGAGUAAUUAUCCGGAGAAAAUAAGGUUUUCUGCUUCAAACAUUUUGUGAAGAAAGAAUAUUAGGGCUAUUUAACGACAAAAAUAUGUCCAAAAACCAUUAAAAGGGCACUAUACAGACGUGUCAAGCUCUGUAGCGAAUGAAUUGAACAGAAAUGUCAUAGAGCUUAACAUUUUGUUUUAUUGGAAUUUGAAAUAUUUUAGCCCCUAUAAUUACUGGAUGAAAAAAAUGUAUGAAAUUCAUGUACAUGUAUAUACAUUAUGAUUUUUAACUAAUCAAUAUGAGAUACAUGGAUUAUUGUUAAUUUAACAAAACAAACUAAUUUUAAGGAUUUAUCGCCUAAAUAUACUGACAAUCGUGAAUAACGAUAAUCUCUAUAAUAUACUGAAAUACCAAUAUUUAAAUAAAUAAUUAUGAUUGUUUCCAUUUUUAAAAUGGAAAGAGUUAACAGAAAAUUUAAAACAGUGGCAUAAUGCAUAUAUUUGUCACCGAAAUAUUUUCAGAAUAUGUUGCUUAUAUUUCGUUGAGGCAACAUCAAAUUUAUUUUCAUUAGUAAUCUAUCUGUUUUAAAGCACCAAAAUCAGACAUACACAUAAAAAUACCCUAAGCAUGUCUGAUAUGAAAAUGUAAACAACAUAGUUAAUAUGACAAUAGCUGGACAAUGUAAUAAUGUAAGUUCCAAAUAUUCGUUAAAGUACAUACAUUUUUCAUUUUUGACCACGUUGUUCCAAAUUGUUUUACUAGAUAUUUAUGAAAUUGUUGAAUUAAUUUUUGUAUAUUUCUUUAUUCAUUAUUGGCUCUCACUUGAUGCAUGUUGCUAUAUAUAAGAAAUUGUAAAAAAGUAUGCAAGAUAGUGAGUUGUCCAUCAUUUGUGAUUUUUUAUGUGUGAUAAUGGUGUAUUUUUAUAUCAAUUGUUUCGUGUACAAUCCCCCUUUUAUGCUGUCUGUACGGUAAAACAAAUAAUUCACUAUGAAUUUUCAAAUUAAAGUAAAUCUUAAUAAAAACGGAUAUUUGGGUGAAUAUUUCAAAAUACAUCAACAUUAGUAUAAACUUUCAAUCUAAGAUCGUGAGAAAGAUUGGCCAAUGAUAAAUAUCUCUAUUGAUCUUAAAUCAAAUGAUAUCGUCCCAAUGGUAUUUUUAAACGCCAUGUAUUUUUGAUUUGUAUUGGAAUGCUACAAAACAAAUACAUAUUUGUGAAGCUUGGGAUUUUUUUUUCUAAAUAAUUUUAUGUAGUACUAUAAAAAAGAAGAUGUGGUACGAUUGCCUAUGAAACAACUGUUCACCAGAGACGAAAUGACAACUAUAGGUCAACGUACUGUCUUCAACAAUGAGCAAAACCAAUACCACAUAGUCCGCUAUAAAAGGUCCCGAAAUGACAAAUGUAACAUAAUUCAAACGAGAAAACUAACAGCCUGAUUUAUAUACAAACAAUAAAUGAAAAACAAAUAUGAUAUAAAGCAACAAACGACAACCACUGACUUGGGACAGGCAAAUAUAAAAUGUGGCGGGGUUAAACUAGUUACUGGCGCUAAAUCCUCCCCUAACCCGGGUCAGUGGUGUAACAGUACAACAUAAGAACAAACUAAACAAAUCAGUUGAAAAGGGCUUAACUCAUCAGAUCGACACACAAAGCAGAAAUAAAACACAUCUAACAAAAACACAGACCGGACGUGGCCGGGAAUUUAUACAUCGCCACAACAAAAGUUACUCUAAGGACAGAUCUUAGAGUACUCUCAGAUACUGACAGCUAUUUCAAAGCCAAUAACAACUAAUAAAAAAUCAUGCAUCUAAGACUAAAAUAUCAAUCAGUACACAUCCAAUAUCCAAUGGAUUUAUUGUAAAGACGUCAUUACUCAGGUAAAUUUCACUCACAUGAAUUUCACCUUAAACGAGCUAACAUGUAUACGUGAAAAUCACGUAAAAUCAGUUCAUGUGAGUUCCACGUGAAUGUCAUGUGAAACUCACGUGAAUUUCACUUAAAAAUCACGUGAAGUUAUUCAAAUAACAUUUUAAUUUUCAAAUUUAAUCAAAAUCAUGAAAAAUACCAUUUUUUUUAAAUGUUCACGUGAAAUUCACGUAUUUUUCACGUGAGAUCCAUGUAAAUUUUAAUUCACGUGAAAUUCACAUGAACAUUUUCACGUUUCAUGAAUAAGCUCGUUUGAGGUGAAUCUCACGUGAAAUUUUUCACGUGAAUUUCAUUUGAGUUUCAUUUGACAUUCACGUGAGCAAAUUUUGCCUAUGUAAGAGUCAGAGAAAAACAUGACAUUGUGCAAUGCCAAGAUACAGGUAUCAACAGAUUGUAGAGCCAUGAAUAUGAUUUAUUAGUCAUCAUUUUUCAGAAAUAUUAAUAUUUUGUUAUCAAGACUUAUUUGAAUCAUACAAUUGACUUAGUGCUUUUUUAAUCAGUAUUGUAUACUUGUAUCGCUUUUUUUUUAAUUUACU